UUCUUCGCGUAAUCUUCACGUAACCUUCUUGGAGUUCGGACUUCCGGCGAAUGAUGGGAGGAGAAGGGGAAGAAAGACUGUUGAUAUUUUUCGUGUCGCGCGGCCCAUCGUAUAACGCGUCUUUUUCUUCAAUUCGAUAAACACUUUCGAGGAGGGAAUUACGCGAUGUUUAUCGCGACGCUGUAAUGAUAAGUGUUUACGCGAUAAUAGAAUAUGCCAGGCGAAAAUCGCAAAGCGUUGAUUGACCACUCAAUGAUGACGCACUAUUGAACAAGAUCUUGCAGGAACGCGAAAAAAAUGUGAUCUCAACGGUGUCGAUAAUGGCCGAAAACGUUUCGUCGCCACUGUUCGUCGUGACUGCUUGACGUGUAUCACUCGCCUUUAACCUAGUAGGAGUUUUUUUGCAAAUUCGCGAAAGUAAACUAUUUUCCACGAUAAUAUCGAUAAUAUGUUCUCUGCUAAGUAAAAGACGCGCGGUUAUGAACGAAAAUAUUAAUUUACUUCUGUAUAUGAUAGAGCAUACAUGUAUGGAAUAUGUCCCAUGAGUCAUGUUCGAUACAAAUUUAUAUUUUUAUAUUUAUAUAAUUUAUAUAUUUAUAUAAUUUUGAUUAUUUAUAUAGUUUAUAGAAUAAUAUUGUUAUAUAUGCAUAUGUUUACAUACACAUAGGGAGACAAAGAUUAGUUGGCAAAACCAAUUAUUUCUGCUAUUUUCUAACAACUUACAUAAUUAAGCAAGCAAGAUUUUUAAACGUGUCAACGAUGAAACCCCUGCUUGCUUCAUUUUGAAAUCUGUUAAAUAACAGUAGAAAUAAUUCGAUUUUUGCCAACUAGCCCCGAUCUCUCCUAUAUAUAUUUCUACAUACACACAUAUAUGCACAAUUUAAUAAAUAUCAGAUGUUUAUUAUUGUAAAGUAUGAAAUGUACAAGCUACAGCACUGUACAACGUAUAAAACAUUAAGUGCUAAUUAUGCUAAAAGAUAUCUUCGGGAAGUCUUUAUAAACGAUAUAAUUUUUCAACGAGAUCGAUAAGAGAAUAGCUUACUCGACAUCGUGGAAAACUGUCGCACCGGGUACCCUCGCGAAGAAGCCUAGCCUUCUAUCGUCCGUUUGUUUUUGAAGCUUCUUGUAGACACAUUUUAGUCACGUGUAUAAAGGGUCGUGAGAGUGUGUCGAGGUAGCCGAAUAGUUUUCCACCUACCAUCUGGCGACUAAGGUUCCAGCCGGGGUAACCUGAUCAUCGCGACGGAGAUUCGAAUACCCUCUACGCUUUCGUACAACAGCAUCGGCUCGUGUACAAAAGUUUCCUCUUAAUUAACACAAAAACUUCAUUUUUCCGUUAAGUAAAUAGAAAGAAAGAAUCGUUGAAAGAAAAAAAUCGAUCCUUUGGAAUACUGAUGAAAGUGUUUAAUUUAAGAAUUAAGAAAUGGACUAAAUAAAACAUCUCACAUAUUAUAUUUAAGAAUGUUUGUAGCAUAUUGUAACAGUAUUUAGACGAUCACUUAAAACACUCGAUAAAAAAAUAUAUGCGAAAUUCCAGACACUGCAGCGGUAAAGCUUAAGGCUGCGUAUUUUCCGAUGUGCACACAUUUAUGUACAAUUGCACCGUGUCGGUUGUCACUUUGAAAUUUUUACAACUGAAACAACUCGUCUGCAAACUAAAAUAAGUCCGAUUGUGAAUUACGAUCGAAAAAUAUAGCGAGACACAAUAUAUCAAAACUACUUAACGUAGCGUUUUGUAAGAUUGGAACAAACAACGAUUUUUUUCAUAACUCUCUCUCUCUCUCUCUCUACGAGGAAAUUGAUUUUAAAGUCAUCAGGAAAUAUCAAGGUUGACAUCUGAAAUUUCGAGACAUUCUAUGUGCACGGUAUAAUCUGAAUUAUUGUAAGAAUUUGUGUGAUUCACUGAACUGAAGAAGUUGUAUGAUUCGUUAUGAAUGUUGGUUGACCGCUUCGUUCAGUUAGACUACCGCGUAGUCUUCUGCUGAGCGAUAUCGACCGCGAAUCUAAAAGCGGACUAUUUAGUGGCUGAUAAAUAAAUGUAUCCCGCUAACCAGAAUAUCGUGCCAAGCUGGCGGAGGUAUAAAAUUAUAAUUGGGACGUCGUGUCGUGUGAUUCGCGCGCGCGAGAGAGCCACGCUACUCUGACAUUUUAUUCAUGUUUCGUUGCGUUGUUUAUAUAUCUUCAUUCACGCGACGACUUCAAUAAUAUCCACCACGUGUUUACUGUAGCACAAUAUACGAUGGAUAUGGAAUCCCUGUACGACUACGGGGAGGAAGACCAGGAUUUCUACGAGGAGAGCCCUGGCAAUAGGAAAGGCGGAUAUCCAAUUGAUCACAGAUCCAUAAAGCGCGACGUCCGAUGCAUGGGCAGCUUUCUGGAAGCCAACGGCAUCACCGAUGGUAGCGGUAUGCUGACAGCAAUGGCAAAAUUGUUGAAACAAGAGCUGGCUUCCGACGCCGAGGAGGAGGGCCUGGUGCCAGCACUCUCCGGCAGAUUCACCUCGAUGCAGAAGGUGCCUUCCCUCUCGGACCUCUCCGAUCCGGAAAGCUCCUUGGAUAUACCGGCUCAAGUGCCGCCGUUAACACCUGGGACCAACAAGAAGAUGACCGAGGCUCUGGAAGCCUCCUUCGCGUCUUGGGAAAAAGAACGACUUCGUUUGAACAUAACUAAAGAUCCGAGGCAAUGGUCGGAAGCAGCUGUCGCCCACUGGUUACAUUGGGCUAUCGGAGAAUUCUCGUUGGAGGGUGUGGCGGUGCAGCCGUGGCAGCACAUGACCGGGAAACAGAUUUGUGCCAUGGGGAAAGAGUCCUUUCUAGCACGUGCCCCAGCCUUCAUGGGCGACAUUCUAUGGGAGCAUCUCGAGAUCCUGCAGAAAGAUGUCGACGCAGCGAAGGCCUCUCUGGAGAACGUGCCGGCGAACUUGUAUGAAAGCGUAUGCGUGCCAGAUUUAGGUGAUUUUUUGGGAUACCAGGGUGGCCAUCAAGUAGCAGCAUCGGAACAUAAAAACCCACCGACGCCCGCCGGUUCUGCCGCCUCGAACAACUCCUCCGGUCCUCCUCCGAGCGGUAUGCAACAACCCUCUUCGGUGUCUCUGCCAUCGAGACAGUAUCAUAACGAUGGCGGUUACAAUCAUCUUCGCAGUCCCGUGUGCCAAGACGAGAGUCAAAGAGACGAAACGUCGCCACCGCCCCACAGCCAUAGCACUCAACCACCGACCUCUCACUCUAGUACUCCUAAUACUAAUAACAAUAAUAAUAACAACAACAAUGCUAACAAUGCGUACAUCCAUUUACGGAAUUUAAAUCAGCUCAAAACGGAAUCGAACUACAGCAAUCAUCACAUAGCGGAACAUCUCCAAGGCGGAGGUGGCGGACUGGGCAGCGGGGGUGAUCUCACUGGUACAGGCAAUAACGAGAGCGACUUGAGAGUUAGCACGACUGCCACAGAGAGUUACAUGACGCCGGCACAUUAUUCCGGAUACGACGAUACCUCUGAGUAUCACAGCUUGCCGCAAGAUCACCAGACACCGCAUUCUUAUAAUUUGGACAGUUCGCCAGAGUUCUAUAGCACUAGCGGAAUCCACAUCGAGCCCAAGUAUCAGCCGUCACCGUUCAAAAAUUAUCCUCGAGGUCGCUAUCACGAAGGUUAUAAUGACAGCGGGUACGGAUACGAUGCAGCGCCGUUUCAAACGGUUCCCGGAAGCGGGAGCGGUGCUGGAGGCGGCAGCGUUGGCGGUGAUCAAUGGGGUGUCGGACUUAGUGAACAUUCUCUGCCUCAUCCCGCGUUUUUACCAGGACUUGGACCACGAGACUCCUCCAAUCCCCAUCAUCCUACGUCUAUUGCCAAUAAUACGGAUCAAAAGCCAUUGCUGCAAAGUACCAUGCUCCCAGGUUAUGCAGGUGGCGGCCCAUGUUUCACUGGAUCAGGUCCAAUACAACUGUGGCAAUUUCUACUGGAGCUCUUAACUGACAAGUCGUGUCAGGGUUUCAUCUCGUGGACCGGUGACGGCUGGGAAUUCAAGCUGACCGAUCCGGAUGAAGUUGCACGUCGUUGGGGUAUUCGCAAAAAUAAACCCAAGAUGAAUUACGAGAAACUGAGCCGAGGUUUACGUUAUUACUACGACAAGAAUAUUAUACACAAAACUGCUGGGAAACGAUACGUGUACCGCUUUGUAUGCGACUUACAAAGUCUACUAGGAUACAGUCCUGAGGAGUUACACGCAAUGGUAGACUUGAAACCCGAGAAGAAGGAAGAAGACUGAGUUUUUGUUAAUGAACAUGCUUUAGGACUGUGUCACACCGAUGAAUGAAACGUAACACAAUUUCUUCGCGUCGUGCAAAGAAUAAAAAAAAAACGACGGGACGGGAGUAUCUGUUAUUAAGAGGAAUCACUAUAAGAUAAUUAUUCAGAUGUAGAAGACUGUGAUAGUGCGUCUUCUUUGUUCAGAUGUAACAAAAUCGAAUCGGUCGUAUGUACCAAAGACAGGGUCUGCAUACCAUUGGUGCCUAAAGUUAAUGAAUCGUGAAUUUGUUUCUAAGUGAUUAAUUUGUCACAGCAGAUUUUAGAGGAUAUUUAUAGGAAUAACUCGUCAAUUUAUACAUAUAUAAAUAUAUAUAUUUUUAAUGUUAAAUGAUUUUUCAACAACUAUUGAGCACAUCAGAUAAUCGUCUGAUGAUGCCCCUAAAUUAUUUAUGACUCAUCAUUUUAACAUGUGUGUUAUAUCUCGUUGAUACAAUGAUAGAUGACACGAUAUGUGAUUGUUAUUAUGAUAAUUUUACUAUAAUAAACUUAUCAUACAAUAUACUACAUAGCGAGCUUCAAUCCGAUAUUUUCAUGCUUUUCUAUGUAUAGAUUAAUUAAGAUUAUAACACUACUUUUCUCUCUCUUCCAAGCUCGCUUCUGACCAAGAAAAAAGAAAAAAAUAUAUUUUAUAUUAUUUCUUGAUUCUCUUAAAUAUAUUUGGUAUGUGCUCGAUAUAGUAAAAUAUAUCUCAUAUCCACUUUGCAAUAAAAGAUAUUGCAAGUGUGAUUCGAAUUAGAAAGGUGCGUUAUGAGUGAAAAAAGUAUGCUGUUAAUUUAUAUAGUUUUCUAUUAAAAUAACAUUUAUAUUAUAAAUUUGACUUUCGUUCGCUAAGAUAUUUUUAUUGAGAAAUUGUGCAUUUAUGAUUUAAAACUAAUUUCAAAUAAAUAUCUACAAAAGAUCACAAAAAAUAAAGAGAGAGGACUAUGUGCAACCAGUGUUCCACAAUAUCAACAAAAGUUUUAUGAAAAUUAUAAACAGAAUUACAGAACACAAGAUAUAAAAGGAUUUUAUUUAUUUUACUGUAAUUUACAAUUUGUAAUUAUUUUAUACUAAAAAAAUAUCUGACAAUUCUCAAUUUUUAUCUGUUAUACAAAACUUAUAAUUUACUUAUUUAAAAUAUAAAUUUGUUAUUCUUAGAUACAUGAAUAUAUAUUUGGCAAAAGUUUAUUUUGCUCUUUUAAUUCAUGGAACAUUGGGUAAUGCAAUUAGAUCGAAUUUUAAGCGAUAUAUACAUAUCUAUUUUAAUUUCAUAAUUUAUCACGUGUAAUUUUUUACACGUGAUAAACGUAAACGACCAGUGUUUUAAUCAGGAAAAAUAUAACAUCGAAUUGCUUGAAUGUAAAUGAUGUCGCAAAUAUACAGCGACGAAAGCAUAAAUGCUACGAAUAUCGAAAAAUCGAAAAAAAAGCAAUAUUUUGUCUUUUUUUUAUAGAUAUGUCGUGUAUAUAUAUAUAUAUAUAUAUAUAUAUAUAUAUAUAUAUAUAUAUAUAAAGUUACACAUACAAAGUUACAUAUACAGUAUGUAUAUGACAAACUAUUUUUAUAUUCGCUGUUUUUGUUAAGUUUCCUGUAUCAAAAUACUUUGAAGCUUGUUUCAGACGAUCUGUAAUUCGCGACAAAACUCUUUAGAAUGCUCCUAUUUGUAAUUUUACAUACUGUGCGAAAAGUACAAAAAGCAUUUGAAAAUUUAUAAGUGUAUAUGUGUACAUGUAUAUGCAUACUUUUAUGAAUGUAAUUCAGAUUCUUCAAUUGCUUUCUGUACUAAGCCCAUUUUAGGUAAUCCAAUUUACAACGGGAUUCUAUCUGCUACUAUGUCUCGAGUAAUAUAUUGGAAAAUUUAUGCACGUAAAUAUGUGCACACUGCAUGUACAGAUGCAUUUUUGAUUCUUCAAAUAUUCUGCAGUAUUGCACAACACAUGAAAUUGUGAUAAAAUGUUAAAAUAAUUGCAAAGUAAUGGUUCUGAACAAAUUGCAAAUAGCUUUUUAUCUAGAAUCCUAUUGAAUCGUCUAAAAUUGAUGACACGUGAAAUUACAAAAUUAGAAUUGUGAAUAAUAGAUUGUCGGAAGCCAGCUUUACACACUACAAGCUAAUGAACGACGAUAAACGCUGUAGUAUAAUUAACAGUAUACUAAUUUCAGAGAUCGUUCGCGCGAGUUUAUUAUGUUGAUCGAGGAUUGUUGAGAAGAGGUAAAGUCGGUAGUGAUUCUAUUGUCUCUUGUUAUCGAAACCAGGAUUCUUCUAGCGCGGUAAUCGUUACAAUUAAAGUUUCUCCUAGUUGUAUCGCGCGGCUGACCCCGCGGAAAUUAAUAAAUUAUAUUAAAUACUCUUAGCCCCCCCCCCCACACACACACACACACACACACACACACACAUACAAAUACAUACAGCGAGAGAAUGCGAUGUAUAAAGAGCUACUCGAAUGUUAAUAUUAAGUUAUCGCGAUCUUGGCACUUGUUACUCAAAGAGAGCCAUACUUCUUUCCCAGGAUUAUUAUAGCAUUUCAAAAGAGAUACGCGAAUGCGGAAACUUUUUAGUAGAUGCAAUAAAAAAAGAAUAAAGAGAUUUUUAUAAAUACA